AUGUCCUCGGCCCGCAGAUCCGGCCGUCUCAAAGGGCCACGGACAACUUAUACAAUUGACGCUUUUGAGUCGGCGGGAAUUAGUGAUGAUUCAGGAUCAGAAGAGCAACAAAAACCAAGUAAAAAGAGAUCCCAGUCGCAGCUGAAUGAGGCCUCUGCUUCAGACGAUGAUUUCAAAGCUGAAGAGAUGGACGAUAAUGAUGAUCAUGACGAGGAUGACGAAGAUGACGAAGAGGAAGAGGAAGAGGAAGUUUACACGGAAGAGGAUUCGCCUCAGAGGCUGAGUGCAAAAGCUUCUAGGAAGUCGAGUGGUCUGAAACGCAGAGACGUGGACGAUUCAUUCGCUGUUUCCACGACACCGAGAACUUCAAGGGAGAACCCUCAAUACAGUUCGCCAAGAAGUCAACAAAAAGUACUGGAAAGCAGCGGAGUCAACACCAAAAACAAAAGCCUAGCAGCCGAGACUCGUUCCAGGGGCUGCAAUGAUAUUAAAGAGAAUGAAUCCAAGCCGAUGCACUACAUAUCGACAUUUGGCGAUGAUACAAGGGACCUCCUCGCAGCCGUCUAUGCGCGCGACCGAUGGGCUCGAGGAAUUGACACCUGCCUACCCACCCGAUAUACCCUCGACCAUCAGAGCUCAUUGAAUGACUAUGAAUUCGGUCCAACCUGGGGUGCUGAUCCGCAAGACGUCGAGCAAGAGCGGACAGCUGGCUGGGACUGGUACUAUGACGCCGCGGUUGGACGAAGAUUUCAUCGAGCUCAAGAGUCGAAUAUCAAGCUCAAGGAGGCUGAGGCUCGGCAGAAGUACUUGCCACAAGCCAAAAAGCGGAAGCACACCAUCCUCUUAGGCCCUGCUAGCGACCAGAAAUCAUUUUCUUUGGGCUAUCAUGAAUCCUUGAAUUUUGGCAGAGCCUGGGUUGAUUUCAAGGCCCAAAAGAGUGAUCGAGUCAAUGCCAAUGUGCGUGAAGGCUGGCUGAUCAAUUUUGAACACAAGGUCCAGUGCUUGGCUUGGGCUCCUGGUCAAGACGGGUUGUCUCAGUAUCUCGCUGUUGUCACCCCUAUUGGACCUGCUCAGAAGGGUUCUCACUCUUCUCAGGAUGAAGAGGGAUUCUCUUCGUUCCGUGAAAUGCCUUCAUAUCCUUGCGCGCUUCAGCUUUGGGAGUUCAAGGGAGAACCAGCAGGUCCCAUCACCCGCACGCUUGAUAUGCAAACCAGCCCUCGGUUGCGGUUACUCUUAUGUACUGAGUGGGGGGACUUGCGUCGCAUCGCUUGGUGCCCUACGGAUCGAGCAAAGCGGGCCACUGAUGACAAUGACGGAACUAAAAACAUUGGUUUAUUGGCUGGAAUUUGGGGCGACGGAAAAUUGAGAGUAUUGGACGUCAAGUUGAGCAGCGGUGGAGCCACUGAAUUUGUCGCUGUACGAAAGCCUGCAUUUGAGGCAAAAAUUCCUUCUAGCGUUUCCACAUGCAUGACAUGGCUCUCGCCGACUGACAUUGCAGUGGGUUGCUCUGAUGGCUUUGUGGCAAUUUGGAGCAUCUUGCCUAUUGACGACUUGGAAGCUGUUCCUUAUUUCCACAAACCCAUUCAUGCUUCAUACGUGCUCAGCAUUACUUCUGCAUACCCUACCAAUCCGCAUCUGCUCGUUACCACGUCCAUAGAUGGUGAGACGCGAUUGUGGUCCAUGGUUGAUCCCGAGAGCGAUAACGCGGCCCCUGUGCGCCAACGGCAAGCUCCUGGGCAAAUCAGCUACUCCCCAAUCCUCCAAGCCGUGUGUACCUAUGAUGAGAAUGACUUUGGGCGAUACAUGCCUCUUCGGCGCUUCUUUGCCACACACUCUGCUGGAAGGAUGCCGAGCUCAGUAACCAGCAUGGCGCCUUGCAGCUUCUUCCAUCCUUCCCUUCUCUUUGGCACUGCAAGUGGUGAAGUCGUGGCGGCAAAUCCUCUCCGUCGCCUGCUCUACAGCAAGGAGCAACAUUGGCAGCAGACAUGGUUUUCACAUGAUUGGUCUCCUGGCACUGACAAGAACAGGUCAGGGGCUAGUCGUUUCUUUGAUGGGUUCCGUGCAGAGACUCAGAGCCUAGCACGGAAUUUGUCCGGUGACAAGCGACCACAGAUAGGGUCCUAUCUUACUACGAUACACGACGAACAAACUCAUGUCACCGCACUGGCUUGGAACCCGAACCGCGCCACUGCUGGCUGGGCUUGUGCUGGAAUGGGAUGCGGCAUUGUACGCGUGGAAGAUCUUGCCAUUUGA